AUGUCCGGGACUUUGGACAUCGAUGCCCAGAUCGCCGCUUCACAAGAACGGAUCAAGCGACUCCAGGCCAGCCUCGCCCAGCGCAAGGCAUCCGCGGUGCUCCUGUCAUGCCAGUGGGAGAUGGUGCUCACGUUGCCGGCUCCUUCCCUGCGCUAUCUUUGUCACGAACCACCCUGGCCGUGGAUGACGGACGAGACGCCCAGACCCCCGAGUGGCACAGCCGCCGCCGAAGCACCAAAUCCCGCCCCAGACCAAGCGAUCGAAAAGAUCCAGAUCCCGAAGCAGCCGAUGCAAGCCCAACCCGUCAUCCCCAACUGGGAAAAGGAACAGCAAGAGGAGAGUGAGGCACCCACAGCCUCGCAAGCGUCGCAAGCCACAGGACGAUGCAAGGAGGCCAAGGAUAAGACAUGGAUGUACCGCUAUUUCCGGCCAAAAGCCAGUGGGAAAAUCACCGCUUCCCCGGAUGCACUGUCCAUGUGGAAGACCGAUGAUGGGCGAAAGAAGCUCAGAGAGCUUCUGUUGAAGCACGGACAGUUCGAAACGGUCGAGAUGAAGAUCAAGCAGUGGAAGAUGGUGGAGAACGCCUGGAAAUGGGCGGAUGAGCAGCCGGGCCGCAAGCGGGUGAAUCCUAUCCACAAAGAGGAGGAAAUCAAACUGGUAUUGAAAGACACCUUCGUUUGGAUGGAAGAGGAAGGCGACACGACUGCAAUCGAGGGGGACCUGGAGAUGGAGGACCUUUACCUCUAUGUGGACCCGAAUGGGAUGCUCUUCGAGGGUGGGGGCAUCCCUGAGCUCGAGACCUCCUCCCACAGUGCCCUGGUGGACUCUUUGGCAAAGGAGAGCGGUCCUUCGCCUCAGGCCGAAGUGCGGGGAGCAGGCUCCUUCAAGAUCUCUUAUCCGACCAUCCAGCAGAACAGCUCCCCCUUUGCCCUUCUGCCAGUAUUCAUCGAGGUUUGCGGCAGGAAGGUUGAUGCUACGGAGACGGAGUUGGACAAGUUGACUUCCAACACGAACCCAAGAGCUGCGAAGAACCGUCAGGAAGCAAUACGAGCACUUGCAGUCAUUGCAAGAGGAGGUUGCAACGGCAACUACGACGAGGUCUAUGAAAGCUGCGCCUUCCACAACGGGGAGUUUGGUGUGGACAGCGACUCUGACCCGGAUCAUCCUGCUACAGGACCGUGCGACGUGGAAGAUGAGAACCUUGCAGACGAGCUGCUGAUCGGGUUCGAGGUCGAGUUCGGACACUUUGUGAUCGCGGUUAGAAUAUUGGAUCCAAUAUUGCAAAAGAUGGCGGCAUGUGGCAACUCCCGCACAGACUCCCACAUGUGUCAAAGACUUCACAAGCUUAUUGAAUCGUCCACAAGGUCCCUGCCCGUUCCGAUAACAACAGCAGAUGUUCGUAUCAGGGCGUCACGCAGAGGCCGGCCUUUGAAGACCAGGGUCGUGAAGUAUCCGAUGCUACUGCCUUCGGAUUGGGCUACGAAUAUCUUCAAGAUGGGAGGUCAUUUCCUGCUUGCUGGGCUGUCAUUGAAUGAUGUGGAUUCCUUCGGAGACACCCUAGAAGUUUUCUGGGAGCGAUUCAAAGCUUUGGAGCCGGACUAUGAAAUUCCCGGCAAUCCGAGAUACACUCUCCCUUACGCCCUUCAUGGAGAUGAGGGGCAUACGCUGUGCACACGGCUUCUCCUGGCCGUGAUUCCGUCUGUCUUCUAUGUCAAAGACGAGACACUGGAUAGUGUAUUGCAGGCCAUAGUCAAUGACUUGUUGCUUUUGCAGCAAGAAGGAUUACAUGUGAAUUUCAAGGGCCGGGACCUCCACUUUCAUUUCGCUUACACGGGCACGAAAGGAGAUUGGCCGUUUCUGCGAUCAGGCUUCAAACUGAAUUGCGGAUUGAAUUGUAAACGCAAGUGCCACUUGUGCGAUAUUUCAGACUGGUGGGACGUCAAAGGUGAGAUAAAGCGCCUACCAGCAGAUUAUGUUCCGGACAAUCCCUUCAAAGUUGGCUUGGCGCCCUCCCCACUACGAUCCCUUUCAGAGAAUCCGAGCACAAUUCGUGUCGAUGCCGCCCACACGUGGGCGAUCAAUGGAAUUGGGAAGGACCUCUACUCCAGCUCACUGGUUUUAGGGGCAAGAAUGGGCUUGUUCGGGGCUGGAUCCAUGGAUGUACGGCUGAAAGUCGCUUAUUCUCGGUUCGACAAAUUCUGCAAAGAAAAGAAGAAGUAUACCAGCAUCGAUGGCUUCAACUUCAUGACAUUGAAAACUUCGAAGACGUACACAACCUUUCCAUCUGGGUUGGGCAAAGGGCACGACUGUGCUAUCGUUGGCGCCUGGCUGGAAGCCGAGCUUUGGAAAGUGGACGCAGCCUCGAUCGAAGACAAGUACCGGCCGCUGUUCGAUGUGAUGCGGUUUACCGUGGAUGCUGCUGGGAAGUUCUGGCGCUGCAUUUACGACCAUGGAAUGUGGAUACCUCGCUCUGCUGCUCAUGAAUGCUGCAAGAGCGGAUGGCUUGUCGCAGACGGGUACGCUACAUUAGCGAGCCUUACAGCGAAACUGGGCCAUAUGCUGUACCAUGUGCGCCCGAAGUUGCACAUGUAUUGCCACAUCGUGUUAUUCGUGCAACACCAACUUGAAACAGAACCGACUGCCGCAAAUGUGCUUUCCCCGACCACCUAUAUGACGUGGUCAGACGAAGAUUUCAUUGGCCGUAUUGCACGGCUCAGCAGAAGAGCUCACAAGCUUACAACCCAUAUGCGCACAUUGCAGCGAGCAAAGUGCUUGUACGUUAGACAGUGGAACCGCAUCUGGGGCUCCGACUGA